GGGUGUGCGGGUCAGUGAUGGCGGCGACAGUGCGGUUGAAGAUGCAAUGCGGCACGAUAAUACCCCUGUUUUUCCUUAUUUACAUUCUGUGCUACACAAACAUUGUGAGUGGCAUGUUGUUCGAGCAUCACCAGUGCAGUCAUCAGCAUCCGAAGGCGCACGAGGUGGUUCACGGAGUACACGUAGAUCCUCCCCACGAGGUGAAGAAACGGAGCAUCAGUCAGCCCCUGAGAAUCCUAUUGUCGUACGACAAAAGUGUCUACGGAUUGGACGCAGAAAAGUUCGAGCUCAUCAACAAUACUAUUCUCCCCGAGGCAGUGCACUUCUGGGAGCGUGCGCUCAUGGUCCGGGAGACUAAAAAUACUAUAAGGUUGAAUAGGAAAUGUGAGAGCAGUCAAGUAUUUGUCAAGGAGCAUCAUACAUUCUGCAUUGACACGUGUCGACCCAUCACGAUGUGUGGUGAAGUUAAAGUACCUGAGUCACAUCUCGACGUCUGCCGCACGUGCAACGCAACUGGUCACAAGUGCGGUGUACAGAAGGGUAGUGUAGCUGGUGAGGGUAUAGAUGGUGCAGAUUUUGUGUUUUACGUAUCGGCUUUGCAGUCAGAAAGAUGUCACAACGGGCUAACGGUGGCUUAUGCCGCCCACUGCCAGCAGGAAGCUGCACUCGAUAGACCAAUCGCAGGUCACGCAAACCUCUGUCCUGGUAGUAUCAGUACGAAGCCCCAGGAGUUGGAUACACUGCUGAGUACAGUGAAACACGAAAUUCUACAUGCACUUGGAUUUUCCGUGAGCCUCUAUGCAUUUUAUCGGGAUGAGAAUGGAGAGCCUCGUACACCCAGACGCAGUGAAACUGGAAAACCACCGUUGAAUGAGAAACUUCAAACGCAUCAAUGGAGCGAGAGUACAAUCAAAACUGUAGUAAGGCCACAGUGGCAGGUGCGCGGAGGUACUGUUGAGAGAUCGAUGCAAAUGAUGGUUACGCCGCGAGUUAAGGAGGAAGCUCGUGCACAUUUCGAGUGCCCUCAUUUAGAAGGGGCUGAACUCGAGGAUCAGGGUGAAGAUGGUACUGCUCUAACACACUGGGAGAAGAGGGUAUUCGAAAACGAAGCUAUGACCGGCACUCACACACAAAAUCCAGUUUACUCGCGAAUAACUCUGGCACUAAUGGAGGACACUGGGUGGUACAGCGCUAAUUAUUCAAUGGCCCAGGAGCUCAGCUGGGGACGAAAAUUGGGCUGUGAAUUCGCUAUGAAAUCCUGUAAAGAGUGGAUGUCGUUGAGGACCGCCAGGCACUCAACGGAAAAAACAAUGAAAGGCAAAUCGAUCUAUCCCUUCUGCAACAAAGUGAAACACGAUCCUCUGCACACAGUGUGUACGGACGAUAGAAGCUCCGUGGCCCUUUGCAAUUUAGUCAAUCAUCCUCAGCCUCUGCCAAAAAAAUAUCAGAAUUUCGACCAAAUACCUCACGUGACACCGGGCAUGGAGGAAUCGUACGGUGGCUCUGUUAAUUUGGCGGAUUACUGUCCCUUCAUUCAGGAAUUUGCAUGGAAGGCAGAUGAAAUUGUUGUCAGGGGAUCGCACUGUCUCUACGACGAAAAUAAUCCCCAUCCCGAGAAGAAUUUCGCCCUGGAGCAUUACGGCCGCCACUCGAAGUGUUUUGAACAUACGAACGACAUGUGGGAGGAGAGGACGUGUAAGCAGGCGAGACAGUGGCAGCAUUGGGGGUCUGGGUGUUAUCGAUAUAAGUGCGAAGGGGGAAGACUGCAUAUACUGGUGGCGAAUCAUACAUACACGUGUUACCAUGCUGGUCAGGAACUUGCGAUAAGGAUUAUUCAGAGUGGGUGGCUCCACAAAGGGGCCAUAAUAUGCCCCCCCUGCAGAGAUAUCUGUCAGGCGGAACUUCAGGCUAAGGGAGAAUGGUGCAAGCCCGGCGACGAGCACCCUCCAGCAACAUUUUAUCACAGAGAUAUUUUAGCCUGUGGCUGCAAUUCCCUGUCAAUCUCUUGUAUAGUACUUUUAAUUACCAUCACUGCUACUCUCAUCACCAGAUGAUCUGGCAAUGGUAUUUGGUUUUCAUAACUUCUUUCAUGUAUCAUGUGACGUAACUGGUGUCAUUCGACGCGAAUGGACGCUUGUCACAUUGGUUUUUGGUUCUGCACUGGUGGCACUAUAACAUAAGGUAUUAUUUCAGUCGUAUUCCAAUUCGUCCGGAAUUUCAUAUGAACUGAGAUCGAUGAGAUCAAUUUUGUUGGAGAAUUGAGGAGGGUAUUAGGGGGUCCAGUGGUCUCUUUGUCUCUGAAAUUUUCACGGUGAAUUGUGUAAUUGUAUUAUUCUCAUGAAUUUGUUUGUUGCGAGUAUAAUGCGGAGCGUGAGAUCAAUUUUUAUAUGUACAUUUUUUCGUGAGGAUGAAUUAUUGAGCAUUUUAUUUAGAUGAUUUAAUCAUUUGUCUGUUGAAACAUAUUAUUAUCUGCCUCUCGCAGUCAUCCUUGAGGCUAAUCAGUUGCUACAAGUUUAUUGUACAUAAGUGAUAAAUAAUUCCCAUAAUUUCAAUUCACAUUCCUCAUGAUUUAUUUUAUCCCAGUGGUAGGGCUUUAUUUUUGAAGUCGUGGUGCUGCAAUUCAAUAUCAUAUCGUCGAUUAUUCUUCACGAUAAUACCGGAAACAAGUGUAAUUGCAGAAUUAUGAUUUCUCAAUUCAUUCAAAUGUAUGAAUUUAAAGAGAAAAUACACAUAUAUUAGGAUUAAUUACAAUGUAAAUUAUUAUAAUGAAAAAUAGAACAGUGAUGAAAUGUCAUCUGAUGUCGAUCUUUAAAACAUCAGAGUACAAGUGAUUUUUAUUCUUAAAUCAAUAAUGUUGAAACACUAGUGAUAAUAAUGAACAAAAAAUAUGUAAAUAGUUUAUUAAGAAAGAAUUUGAAAAAAUGACACAAUUCGUAUCCAAUAUUUCUCAUCAAAUUUAAAAUGUUGAGCAAUUCAAUUUUUAUUUCCCUCAUCGUUUCAAUUGUGAAAUUAUCGAUAAACAUGAGAUUAUUGAAAGUUCUACAUCAAUUUUUGUAAAUAAUCAUUGAGAAAGACUGGAAAGUAUUCUGCAUUUGUUACUCAAUCAAACUGAAAUUAUUUUAAAAAUCUAUUUAUCAUUGUUUAAUGUGUGAAUUUCAUUUCGAAAUAUUACUUUUCAAAUUUUAAUCACGAAUCGAAGAUGAAAAAGAAUGAUUAAAGAAUGCAUGAGCAUGAAAUGUAAAAUGAAAACAUUCACUCAAGAAGCAAAUAAUUGUAAUUCGUGAAUAAGAAAACCCCUCAGAACGAGUAAUGGAUUGUGAAGAGUGAAUUUCCUGUAAAAACGUCAAGAGUGAGUAUGAGCGACAGCCUGCACCAUUCGAAAUAAUUUUGACAUGCGCAAAAUCUACAUUCCAUUAAAGUGCAAGAGAGCGUGUUGUGCCAUCUUCGUAGAAUUUUUUAAACUUUAAUAAACAAGAUGAAAAAAUGUAUUAUGUAUAAAUUUUGCGCAUACACGUCAAAUGUUGAGACGUUUUUUACCAAACAAAGAAAUGUAAACAAUUUAAAUAAAUGAGGUAUAAGUAA